AUGCCACCACUAGAAACAAGAGAAACUAUUGGACGCGUACCUGUCGGCUUUCGUGAAUUCAAACUCGAUUUGACGCAGCCGGUGCUCGUAACUCCAGAAAUCGCCAGUGGAAGAGAGUCCAUUGAUUUGUUGAUGAGCCUCUAUUGUCUGAUGAAUAUCAGGCUCGGCAUCGUCGAUUUGAAACUCAAGUUCCCUCAAAAAACGUUACUGUUGUCGCAAUCGAAUGUUGUAUUAGAUUUUCAUUUGGUGGUGUGCCGGUUACUCCGCAACAUGGCAGAUGGGGACAUUCUCAGGUUCCGUGACUUGUACUACAUAGAACAGAGCCAAUGGUCUAGCCAGGGGGUGGUGGCCGCUCGGGUUCGAAAAUUGUCUUUCGCUUUGAACAUUGAAUUGAACGACCUCAACGCAAUACCCGAUACCAAAUGCGUUUUUAGGGCCACUAUGUUGAGAAUUGAGGGGUCUUUUGAUCACAGCAGUUUUCCUAGGAUCCAGGGCUGGCUCGAGAACGGCAGAGACAAGGAUGUGGCCAUUUGUGUUUUUGAAAAGCGAGGAACUAUGAAUGAGUUUAAUCACCAAGCCACCAGCUUGAAACCUGAGCUCGAAUACAUCUGCAUUUGUUCUGCGGGGUACCCAUCACACACAUUAUUGGAGUACGUGAGAUCCAACGCUAUAUACUUAUCGCUAAAGCCGGAAGCUUCAGAAGAAAUACAUAAACUAUACCCGAAUGAGGAAAACCGAUUAAAGAAUUUAUUAAAGUCCCCAGAAACCCCAUUAUACAUCAAACUCGCGGCUACAGAAGUCCUUGAGAGUGGCAGAACAAUGGCUCUCAAUGAACAUCAAAAUUUGGGGUAUUAUAUCCUCAACUUGGUCCAAUAG